AUGCGUCGCCUCUUCGCUGUCUCUGCCACUGCGGCUGUCGCAGCGAGAUCUGCGGUGGCCAAGCGACAUGGCAGCGUCCAACCGAGCGAGUUCGAAUUCGUGCCCGUUUGUGGUGAGGAAGAGGCGAAGCGUAACGGCGUCAGGAUGAACCUGUUCCAGGCAAUUAACUCGGGUCUUGAUCACGCACUCUCCAAGGAGAGGACGGUACUUCUCGGUGAAGACGUCGCGUUUGGCGGCGUUUUCCGUUGCACGCUUGAUCUGCGGAAGAAGUAUGGCCCCCAGAAGGUGUUUGAUUCGCCUCUCACGGAGCAGGGGAUCAUCGGCUUUGCGGUCGGCAUGGCUGCUGUCGGCUGGCACCCCAUCGCCGAGGUACAAUUCGCGGAUUACAUCUUCCCAGCCUUUGACCAGAUUGUGAACGAGGCUGCCAAGUACCGUUUUCGCACAGGUGGCAGUUUUCACUGCGGCAUGCUGAUUCGCACCCCGUGCUCUGCGGUGGGCCAUGGUGGCAUUUACCAUUCACAAAGCGUUGAGGGCUACUUUAAUCACUGCCCUGGGUUGAAGAUCGUCAUGCCGUCAUCCCCGUCGGAGGCAAAGGGGCUGCUGCUUAAGUGUGUUGAAGAGAACGACCCCUGCAUCUUCUUUGAGCCCAAGAUUCUCUACCGCAGCGCGGUCGAGGAGGUGAACCCGGACUACUACACUCUGCCGCUGGGCAAGGGCCGAGUUCUCGUGGAGGGGCGUGACGUAACAAUGGUCACCUACGGUUCUCAAGUGUACGUGGCGGCCAAGGCGGCAGAGAUGGCGCGCAAGGAAGGCAUAUCCGUGGAGCUCAUUGACCUUCGCAGCUUGCUACCGUGGGACCGCCAGCUGGUGGCGGACUCGGUGAAGAAGACGGGUAAGGUGAUUGUCACGCAUGAGGCACCAAAGACGAGUGGGUACGGUGCGGAGCUGGUGUCUAGCAUAAUAGAGGAUUGCUUCCUUUCACUCGAGGCCCCUCCGACGCGCGUGUGCGGCUUGGACACACCAUUCCCUUUGCACGAGCGCCUCUACCUGCCGAACGAGCUGAAGCUACUGGACGCUAUCAAGUCUGUGGUGCACUUUUGA